GGUUCGCUUCCCGACUCGAACUCCUAUCUAUGUAGAGUUUGUAUGCUCUCUGCAUGGAGCUUCCUCCCGGUUAUCAGUGUUCCUCCUGUAGCUGAAAACACAAUGCAACCGGUAUCGGUCAAACAUCCCAAGCCUCAAGCAUUACCCGCAAAUUACUCUACUCAAUUUGGCUUACACAUAGCAACAUUGUCCAGCUACAGUGAAGACUUGGCAGAACCCCCUUUUAAAAAGUCGACAGUGAGGCUGUCCUCGGGCAAACAAGCGUAAGUCAUCAAUACAUCACAGUGGUAGCCAUGUAACGUACAGUGUUACACAAACUUUACACAUUUUAAAUUCUAAACAGAAAUCAACAACGACACGAUCUGCUUCUAUCGUGCACUCUGCUCUCGCUCUCAUACACUCUACAUACGAGGAUGGGCUGCGACAUCCGUAAUUUUCCGCCCAACAGUUGCUGACUACACUACAACAAUUGGUCCUUAUGGCGGGACCCCGGGGUACCAAAUUAAUAAACAACGGCCGAGGCAAUUCAAUAUUUUAUUUCUGGGACACUAUUUUUUUUUACAGGGGUGUUACUUAACUCCGCGACUGGGGGUACCAAUCAAUCCGAGAUCGGCGCCACUCCGCGAUGCACCAAAGCGCAUCGUGAGUACAGCUCGUCGAGAUGAGUCGAUUGUCGCCGCGCCGACCAUCGAGAGACUAAAGAUGACCGCGUCACGGACAUUACGCGAGAGUCCGGGGUACAAGGUUCAAUUGAGCAUCGGAGGUUGGGGUGGGUGCUCAACCCCCCAUCGAGCUGCCGCUGUCCGUCCAUCACCGCGCACGUGGUCUUCAGGAAGCCCUCUGAACUCUGAAGGCAGCAUGGCAGCAGAAGCCCAUGGCCGUUAUGAAACAAAGGCGCGGCUCUUGCGGGAGUGACCGCGCGGGACUGGUGGGCGGCGCUGCCUCUUCCACGGCUCAGCGCGCACAUGGCAGCGGGCGGGGGCUCGCCGUGCUGCCGCCGUUAGCAGCGUAAGGGCGAAGAAGAGGCUUCGAACCAAAUUCUAGCGGCGACUGAAAUCGCGAACAGUGGGCAACGCUGCAGCAGUAACGACGGAGAGCAUGAAGGCGUUCAAAUACAACGACGCUGUGAUGACGCGACCUGCUGCUGCUGCUACUGCUGUGCACGGCGGACUGAAGCGGCGCCAAUAGCAGCAGCGAGCACUAAUAACGGUUCCGGUAAUAGCCUAAUGGGAAGAGUAAAUAUAAAAAUAAGGGCAAUUUGAGGCUUUUUGUUGGGUCUGGAGCAAGCGAGUGAGGGAGCUAGGGAGCAAGCGGCACGUUCCGCAUCCGAUUUGUAUCGGAUUCGUGUCCGGUCGGUGUCGGGGAUCGCGUCCGCUCGCUCCGCAUCGGAGGAGCCGGGGGCAUCGAAAGCGGCCGCAGCCUCUCCCCCCCCCCACCCCCGCGCAACCCUUCUCCGCCAUGGCUUCACACCGUGGUCCGCUCCUCUUCUCCCCGCCUUCGCCGCCGCCUCUUCCGCUGGUGCUGCUGUGGUGGCUGACGGCGCUGUGCGCGGCGUGCAGCGCUGCGGGUACUCCGGACAGCUCCCGGCUGCAGCCGCGGCCCGCCUCGUUCUCGGCCUCGGACUCCGCGGAGAGUACGGCCGCGUGGCCCGGCGGGGCCGGUGCCGGCGAGGGCAGCCGCAACGUGAGUCCCGGCUACAACAGCGCGGCGGGAGGCAUGCAGCAGCAGGAGCAGCCUGGGCAGCGGCAACACGAGGAGGAGCAGGGGGAGCCCGCCAGGAGCAGCGACCCCGAGCUCCUCGAAGGGGAUCCACAUUUCCUCCCGUCCCCGGAGUCGCUGCUGCUAUCGGGUGAAGGUGAGCAGCGGAAUCGGCAUGAAGAUGACAAGCAGGACGGAGACAUGAUGGUAAUGGUGAUGAUGGAGGGUGGAGAGAGCGACUACGGCGAAACGGUCGAGCAACACGGGGAACGUGGGGAAGAGGGGGGGCGGACAGAGGGAGACGGGAAGCUGGAGGAGCGGCAAGGGGAAGAGCAGGAGAUCCAGGAGGGGCAGGAGAUCCAGGAGGGGCAGGAGAUCCAGGCGGAGCUGGAGUUCCAGGAGUUCCAAGAAGUUCAAAAGUACCAGGAAAAUCAGGAGAUCGAGGAGGAGCAGGAUAUACAGGAGCGGCAGGAUAUCCAGGUGGAACUGGAGUUCCAAGAGGUUCAAACAUACCAGGAGAAGCAGGGGAUCGAGGAGGAGCAGGAGAUACAACCGUCACAAGAGAUGCAGGAGUCCCAAGAGAUCCAGGAGGAGCAGAAUAAUGAACAGAAGGAGCUUCCACCGAGUGCCCCCUGGCACGGGGACCGACCCGAGAGCCACAGCUUCAGCUCAUUCACCCGGGAGCUGUUCAGCUCACACGUCAUCGGUGAAGAAGAUCGACCGCUGCCCUCUCCUCCACCCCUUGAUCCGUUCGUGCCGAUCCGCUCGGAUGACUGCGGCUUCGACAAGGGGUGCUUCAGGUAUGGAGCUCCGGGCUGCGAUGCCAACUCGUGCGAGUACUUCCUCAGCUACCGGCGUCUCGGGGAAGAUGUGGAAUUUGAGCUGAGCGCCGACACAGACGGCUGGGUGGGCGUUGGCUUCUCGUCUGACCGCCUGAUGGGUGGAGACGACGUGAUGGCGUGCGUGCACUUCAAUGGGAACGUGCGCGUGCAGCACUACAACAACGUGGGGCAGUGGGUACGGGAGCAGCCACGCAACCCGGCGCGCGACGACGAGGCCAUCUUCGAGAGCGGACGCGUCACCUGCCGCUUCAAGCGCGCGCUCGCCGCUCACCGCAACGACGCCAUGGUGGACCUGCACCUCAGCUGGUACUACCUGCUGGCCUGGGGCCCGGCAAGCCACGGGCUGCUGACGCGGCACGACAUGGACACCCCGCCCGUGACGGACUCGCCCGUCAGCGUCUUCCGCUACGAGGACGUGUACAUGCCGUCGGCCGCCUACCAAACGUGCUCGUCACCCGGCUGCCUGCUCGUCAUUGUGGCGAUCACGUUCUACACACUCAUGGGCGUGCCGUGACGGUCGCGACCAGGGCGGCGGUGGGGGGGGGGUUCUCUCUUCCUCUCUGUCGUGAUCUACUCCGAGCCGUAUAUUUUCUUGAGCCGAUUAGCUGGGCUUCCUUAAUCAAGUGGGUCGACCCCGCACUCUUGUCCCCCCCCCCCCCCACUGCAGUAUAUGCUGUUGUGUCAGGUGACGAACAGCGCUUGAUAUAUUCACAUCCAACGACGCUUCCACAACGGCGACGACACAAAUGCAAGACUAUUCACUCCCGCGAACUGCGAGCAGCAGCGGCCCAAUAAAGGUUCGACAACCAUGAAUGGGUAUAGUCCACCCAGUUACGACUACACCUGUCUCUCGCUUCGAACGGGACCUGUAACCACCACCUGCCUUCCCUAUCCGAUGUCAGUGCUUUCGCUGUCACCGGCAGACUCUCGUAGGUCAGUCGGCUGCAGCUCUGCUCACCUGCAUGUCCACCACACUCGUUGUCUGUCAGCGUCGCACACUCAGCGUCACGUUUGCAAUGCAUCCUGGUGGGCUUCACUAACGAUGUGCCAAAUCAGACCGCCCCGCGUUUCCAGGCAGCGCCACCCUGUAGGGUGCGCGCACCGAUGCUAAAAUGGCCCUGGCACCUUCUGGGUAAUAAAAUGCACGAUAAUGCAUCCAUUGUUAAUAUUUAUUAUCAAUAGCAAUUUGGGUUUAUACGUUGUAUAAUUGUGGUCACCAUCUCCAAAAGUUAUGGUGCAAUGUGGAGAAACGUUCUGCUGCCUCAUUGAGUCUAAAUACUGUUGGGAGUGUCCUGAUUUGGGAUGUUCGUUCGAAUCCUUCGGAAUAGAUAUGCGUGGUACAUAGAACUGCAGUGCCCCAGGGGAAACUCGUGCAUAGGAAACAGAGAUGACACUCAAACUGCUCAUCAGCGUGCCGGCAAACCUACUUGCUCUACUGUGAAGUCUUUGAGGUGUUUUCACUCAAAUCAGUCGGAGGGAGGCUUUGGGGCAGUGUUUGUGCUGGGCUGUUAUCGUCCAGAGAUCUGUGUCAUGCACGUGGCUAUGCUUCCUAAUUGAGUUGACAUGACCAUUCUCGUCACACUUGUGACUACAUGUUACAUACAUUUUCCAUGUUUAAAAUGUUCUCUCGAAAAACAUAAUAUUUACUAUAGUUAGUAAAAAAAAAAUAGAUUAUUAAUUUAAAAAAAUAUUGUAUAACACUGUCAAGAUUGUGUAUUUUAACAAUAUACUAAGCCGUAGUUUAGAUCAUGAGGAUGACAAAUUAUUACCGUAUGACGUUCCACAGUUGCCAAAUAGAAUACGGUACUCAAAUAUGGCAUAACGUCUACGUCGGUUAACAAGGUAAUUGCUGUGAUAGACGCAGCGGUAUUUAUUUAUUCUUAAGAAGUAAAAAAUCUCAUCAUGUCUAUUAUUACAAUGGGGUUCAUAUGAGCAAUAACACAAGUACGUCCGCCAGCUUGCUUUGCUUCCUACCCGGUUUGUACUUGCAGCCCUGCUUGAUGAGCUAUGUUUGGGUUAGACAUCAUCGAUGCUGCGCUCGUUAUUUUUGGAUGAAAUCGGCAUCGGCACUCGCACAAUACAACCAAGUUCAGUGUUAAUCGGUUGCAGGUGUGUGGACACACCAAAGACAAACUCAGGAGCUGCUCAGUAUUUCAAUGAAACACCUCACCGCGAGUCACUUUGAAAACUUUGUAUGACCAUUACGAUGAGCCCCUUUAAGUUUUGAACUUACACAACGUACAAAUGUGACAGUAUCUCAGUGGAGCUGAGAGGAUGGGUAAAAUAACAAGCGUAAAUUCGGAUUGGCGAAAUUAUCUUCUGUGCUGAAGUUAUUUAAUUCUCCAAGUGGAUUACUCAUCUGGCGUGCAGCUGUUUGCAUGCCUUUGUGUGGGGCACCAGUACAAAACCAUGCCAUGAUCGAGAGAAAAAACUUCGACCCAAAGCCAUGACAUUAGUUAUCGCCGCUCAUUCACAACGUGUUUACCCAGCACUCUUCCAUUCGCCUCAGAUUCCCUGUGGUCCCAUACGCCUUCGUCUGCCGAUGAAAUGGGGCCCUUUUCACGUGGGGUGAGGCUUCACUGGGGUCAUGACAUGGGUCUGAAGCAAGGAGUGAGAAUAGCCUCAAACUGCCACAGUGGUCCUUUGGAGAACAGUAACUCGGUCGUUGUAGCGUAAUCUGGGUCACUGCACUCGUUGUGUCAGUAAACACAUAUGCUUACAUUCGCGCUUUUCUGAAACGGUAUACCACAUAUACAGCACAGUGUUUGUAUUUGCCAUUCACUCUUUGAGUGUAGUUCAGAUAAUCACUAAAGUACGUACUUGUUCUCGUCACUACGGUAUUGGUGAUCACGCACUGGAAAAUAACGAGUCGUGUAAAAAUGUCAUUUUAUUUUUCCCCCACCACUGAUGGAUUGAGGCCUCUUUGCGGCAUCGCGCUCCCUUGCGAUCCCUUUGACGCCACAAUCCAUCUCUCUGAUGCACACUAGACGCUCUCCUCAUGGCUCCAUCUCAAAGGUGGUCGUCCUCUCGUGUGAUCCCUCCUUUUGUAGCCCUUCCGUAAGGCGUCUUGUCCAGCAGUCCUUUUCCCUUCCAGCAAUGUGUCCCACUAAUGUAAUUAUUGCGUCAAAACGAUUUCUCUAAUCUGUUCACUAAUCCACGUGUUGCCCAUUCCAUCUCUCGGUCUAAUACUAAUAAUGAGAUGUCUCCACGACAGAAAUAACCGCGGUUUUCAUUUCUCCUUGACAAAGUGGUCACCUACACGAAUGGCAAUGGCGGGGAACUCAGUUUACGCCUGAUAUGAAAUGUGAAAUAAAAUGAUCCUUCUCUUCACCA